UCAUUCUCCCUCCUCCCGUAUAGGCUACAGCCCAACAGUGGGCACGUAUACACUUUCUUGUCCCUACUUAUCCACACUCCAACUCUGUCUCCCAACUUCUAUUCAGAGCCAUGGCGCUACGCUCAAAACCCCUCCGUGUAUACGUGGCGCUGAUCGGUAUUUUAUUCUCUUUAGGGGGUUUUGCAUCUGCUGCAGGCAGCGGAAUUUCCUCUGGGCUUGCUAGUGGCCUGUUACCAUCCUACGACCAAGUGUAUUAUGUGGGAGUGCGGGCGUAUUUCUCUGAAGACUGGGAUAAAGCUGCAGAACACAUCGAGAAGGCUAUAACCAUUCGUCAAGCUCUUCUUCGGACACGUCGAAAAUGUCACGAUGAAUGUUUGUCUGCAGGGGAUGACAGAUUAUCAUAUCUGGAGACGGAGACGGGGAGUUUAUGGGACCUCUAUGCUCUGGACUGGGUUCAGCAUCGGGCUGAGUGUGCCAAAUUCUGUCUGGGGAGAGUUGUCACCCCGGCCGGUCAGCUCCCUGUGUCUAUCGACAUCGACUAUGAAUUUGGAACUCGGAAUGCAUACAACUUCCUCCAGCUUACCUACUUUAUGCUGGGUAAAAUGCAGAAGGCCGCUGCUGCUGCACACACCUUCUUUGUGGCCAAUCCCAGUCACCUUGAGAUGCGAAACAACAUUGAGAAGUACAGGCGCAUGGACGAGGUGUCUGAUAAUGCAUUUGUGGACAGAGAGAGAGAGCUGGAGAGGCACUGGGAGGUGUACGACUCGGCCAUUGCGGCGGAGAGCUCAUUGGACUGGAAGCGGGCGGUGGAGCAGUGGAGAGAUUGUGUGAAUGUGACGCUGCAACACACAGAUGACUGCCGGGCACAGUGCGUCAUGGCCUCCAAGACCCUCCCUGAGGACGAGGCGCCAGAGAGGACCGGCGGGGUGUACGAAAAGGCAGCCGCACUCGCUCUCUCAUUACUGGCCUGUCAACAGUCUUGUGUUACUCUUGUGGCAACGCGACCUGGAAGGAUAUCCGCUCAGGAGGACUUCCUGCCCACCCAGCUGGAGCAUUUACACAUAGCCCAGUUCAAAGCUGGUGACCUGAAGGGGGCGAUACAGACUCUACGCUCUCUGCUGCUCUUCUACCCAUUUGAUACAGAUUCACUCAACAACCUGCAGCUGUAUUCAGACACACUAGGGGGCGAUGUUGAUGCAGCUGGCAUAGAGCCUUCACAGGAAAUCUCCAGGUAUCUGAAAAGGUCUCUGCAGGAGAAGAAGUUGCUGUACUUUGGAGUUGAAAAUCUAAGCUUCAACUUCACAGAUCCAGAUCUGUGGACCCCAGAAGAUAUUGUGCCAGAGUCACUGAGAGAGACAUGGAGGGCCGAGAGGGAGCGAGUGAGUGGGGUGCCGAAUGAGGAAGAGGAAGAGAUGGAUGACAGCGGCUUCUACGCAGGGGGCCCAGUGCCACAGGUUGGAGUGACAAUCACUAUGGAUGACCGAGCCUUGAAUGGAACAAACCGCGUCGUCCUAGAUGGCGUCUUAUCGCAGAAAGAAUGCGAUGCCAUACUCCAGCUGUCCUCUUCUGCUACUUUAGCGGCAGACAGCCCGAGAGGUAGACGGUCACCUUACACACCUCAUGAAAGAUUUGAGGGUCUCACAAUCCUCAGAGCGCUCAAGCUGGCUCAGGAUGGGAUGCUGAACCAGUCGGACGUGAGGUUGCUGCAUGAGAUCGGGGAGCGUGCGCGGGUGCUCCUGCACUCCUACUUUAGGAGUCCCUCCGGCCUCUUCUUCUCCUUCAGCCAUCUCGUCUGCCGCAGCCCUGUCCCGGGACACCAGGAAGGCAGGCUGGACCUCUCUCACCCAGUCCACGUGGACAACUGCAUACUGGAGCCAGAGACCAAACAGUGCUGGAGAGAGGCCCCUGCAUUCACACACAGAGACAUGAGUGGGAUACUUUAUUUAAAUGAAGACUUUGAAGGUGGGGAGUUCUUUUUCACAAAAAGGGAUGCUAAAACGGUCACAGCUAGAGUGCAGCCAAAAUGUGGCCGGCUGAUUGGAUUCUCCUCUGGCCCGGUCAAUCCUCAUGGGGUUACAGCUGUUACCUCUGGUCGGCGAUGUGCAUUGCCUGUCUGGUUCACCAAAGAGGCCCAGCACAGAGACAUGGAGCGGGAGGAGGCCGAGGCCCUGUGGUCAGCUGAUGGACAGAGCGUGCUGAAGGAGGAGAAAGACAAGGAGGGCGCCCAGCCUGCGGCCCGCACAGGGAGAAGCCAGCGGGGGAGGAGCAAAGAGCCCAAAAGGGAGAUAAGGCGGGAUGAACUAUGAGAGUGACAGGUGGAAGAGCCAGUACUGUCCACUUUGGUCCCUGCUGUUGCCCCCCUCGGCUUCAUCUUCUGUCUGAGCCGCAGCCCCCCGUCUCCCCCUGCAUCUCUAUUGUCCCAGCAGAAACAAUCAGCCUAUGAGGACUUUUUCUGCCAAACUGUGCCUGGUGG